GGGAUGGUCUGGUCAAUAAUGACAAUUUUUUCGAUAACUCAGCCAUUUCUUGACGGAUCCUUCUCAUCUUCGAACUCGACCGAGACAUUGUUAAGACUGAACUGUGUAGAAAAUUUCAUCACGAUCUGACUCUCCUUUCGAAAGUUAUUGUGUAAACGGCCGGACAUACUGACCGAUUCUAGAGUGUGCUCACUUUUUGAGUACACAAAAAAAAACAUUUCGUUCAAACUUCGAAUUUUCAGCACCUUAAACAAUGUUAAUGUUUAUCGUUUUGUAGAUGUUUCAAUGGAAGUACCACCAGAAUCUAAAAGUGGUGGUAAACGAUUAACUGCUGAUGAAGAUGAUGAAUAUUGUCAAAUACAAGAUUUACUUUGGAGUGAUCCUGAUCCUCAUAGUCGUAAAGGUUGUCGACAUAAUAAUGAAAGAAAUAUAGGUUGUUUUUUUGGUCCAAAUAUAACAGAACAAUUUCUUAAUAAAUAUAAUUAUUCAAUGAUUAUACGUUCACAUCAAGUCAAACAAAAGGGUUAUGAAUAUACACAUAAUGAAAAAGUUUUAACUGUUUUUAGUGCAUCAAAUUAUUGUGGUGGUUUAAAUUGGGGUGCAAUUAUACGGUGGGAUUAUAAUGAACAAGAGCCAUGGUUAAUUUCAUAUAAAACUGAACUCGUUGAAAUGAAAACAUUGAGUUUUAAUAAACAAAUAACAUUAUUUGAAGAUCCAGCUUAUCAAUCAUUAUUGGAAAGAAUUAUGACAAAUAAAAGUUCACUUCAAAAAGAAUUUGAAAAACGAGAUAGAUAUCAAACUAAUCAUAUACCUUUGAAAGUUUGGUCUGAGAUUAUGACGAACGUCCUUCGAAUUGAUUUACCUUGGCUUACAUUACGUUCAAAACUUGUACACGAAGAUAAACAAGGAAUUCUUUAUAAUACUAUGUUCGAUGAAUAUGCUUUAGAUAAUACGAAAUUUCAUUCUAAUUCUGGCAUUAUGGAAGAUUUAUACAUGUGGAAAGAUUUACUUAUACGAUUAUUUAAUUUAAUAGAUCAGGAUCAUUCAGGUUUUAUAAGUCCUAAUGAAUUUUCUGAUGUUCUCAAACUUUUACUUUAUGAUGAAAAUAACACCGAUGGUAUAAAUGAAGCAUAUAUUGAAGAACUUAGUUCUGCUAUGGAUUUAGAUAAAAAUGGAAGAAUUGAUAUUAAUGAAUUUCUUGAAAGUUUUCGUAUUGCUAAUGUGAAGAAUUCUGGAAAACCGAAUUAUCAAACAAAUCAAUCUGAAUCAUCAAAUAAAAAAGUUCAAAAUACGAACUUUUAA